GGAAAGGGCAGGAUCCACAAGCUCUCACUCAGCAUAUUUCACCAGGAAGCCCCAGGAGUCCAGAAGAAGAGCUGCUACUUAGGACACUGUCUCCUCUGCUAAGGAUCUAUUAGUACAACAUUUAUUACGUGAACUCGCAUGAGCAUUUUCCUCUUCCAGGAAAGAAGAGAAAGCAGAAAGAGCCUGCCAUCUCCAGAGUGCUAUAGUGAUUUCUGACGUAAUCAAUACUGUAAAUACCCCCAGGACUUUCUGCUGGAUUGUACCUCCAGAGAGAGAUGAUCAGUUUGCAGCAUGUGCACCUCACCUGCGGGGACGCCAGGCACCUGGCAGCAGCCCGUGGAGCAGAGAUAACCCUGCUCUGAUGCCAUUUCGGAUCUCUCAGUGAGAACUCUUAGAGAUGCCUAUUCUCUCCAGAGGCAGUGACCAAGACUAUAGUAACAUUAGCUACACUUCUUGUAAUUCCUUGAGCCACUUCUUUCCUGUCUCCGUUGAAACCCCUCCUGUCAAAGGGGUCCAUUACCAAAGAGCCAGGAGGAUUUACCACCCUGAUCAAGUCUCUGAAGCCGAUCUAAAGACAGAGAUCAUGAUAAAUGUUGGAGGCAUCAAGUACCUGCUACCUUGGAGUACUUUAGAUGAAUUUCCCCUGACCAGACUAAGUAAACUAAAGUUUUGCAGCAGCUAUGAAGAAAUAAUUCAGCUGUGUGACGAUUAUGAUGAAGACACCCAUGAGUUCUUCUUUGACAGGAACCCCAAUGCUUUUGGGAUGAUUGUGAGCUUUCUAGCAGCAGGGAAGCUGAUGCUCUUAAGAGAUAUGUGUGCCUUGUCUUUUCAGGAGGAGCUAAGAUACUGGGGGAUUGAGGAAUCCAACCUGGAGAACUGCUGCUUUCGGAAACUCUUUCAAAAACUGCAGGAGUUGGCCGAGAUACGUAAAGAAGAGGAGCUUCGGAGGAGCAAAGAAGCUGCAUGUGUCCUGGAUGAGAAAACCAAAUUUGGACAGUUUAUGAACAGACUCAGAGAUAUGGUAGAAAAUCCCCAGUCAGGACUCCCAGGAAAAGUCUUUGCUUGUCUCUCCAUUCUCUUUGUGGCCACCACAGCUAUAAGCCUUUGUGUUAGCACAAUGCCCGACUUAAGAGCUGAAGAAGACAGGGGUGAGUGUUCCCAGAAGUGCUAUUACAUCUUUGUCAUAGAGACCGUCUGUGUGGCUUGGUUUUCCCUGGAGUUCUGCCUCCGAUUCAUUCAGGCAAGGAGCAAGUGUCAGUUCUUCAAAGGACCCCUAAAUAUCAUUGACUUCUUGGCUAUUUCACCCUAUUACGUUUCGCUCAUCUUCUCAGAGGAUGACUCAAAUGAGGAGGACGACAGACCAAGCAGCAACACAUAUCUGGAGAAGGUUGGUUUGGUGCUACGUGUUUUACGUGCCUUGAGGAUCUUGUACGUAAUGCGCCUUGCCCGACACUCCUUGGGCUUGCAGACUUUGGGCCUCACAGUUCGGAGGUGCACACGGGAAUUUGGCCUGCUUUUACUCUUCCUAUGUGUGGCUGUCACUCUCUUUUCUCCUUUGGUCUAUCUUGCUGAGAACGAGUCUGGGAAGGUGCUUGAAUUCACAAGCAUACCUGCUUCUUACUGGUGGGCUAUCAUUUCAAUGACCACUGUUGGGUAUGGAGAUAUGGUACCACGGAGUGUCCCAGGCCAGAUGGUGGCUCUGAGCAGCAUACUCAGUGGGAUUCUCAUCAUGUCUUUUCCUGCAACAUCAAUAUUCCACACUUUCUCCCAUUCCUACUCGGAGCUGAGAAAGGAACAGGAACGACUGCAGUCUCGUCUCAACAGAGGGAAAAACGUCAAUCGCUCUGGUGAAAGCGAUACCUUCAAUGAGACAGACAGCUUGAUCCUGGAGGAUCAAGCAUCACCUAUCAAAUACAUUUAUACAGGGAACUAAGCUUGGUUGCAAAAUAUUGCCAAGAAAGGAAGAAAAUAUACGCAUAUGUACAUCACUACGACACACAAAGCAAAGCAACAACAUAGAUUAUGAUGCCAGCAUAGGUUAUAAUAAGCAGUCAAGCCAAUGCAGCUUGCUCCGACACCUCAUAAUGAAGCUGGAGGUUUUGAGAAUGUCAACAGUAAAUAUUCAUUCCUCUCUAUGACUAGUAAGAAUAAACUUUGUCUCUACCAGUCAUGUAUCUUGCUGAAUACCUAAUAUUGAACUAGUAACAGACAAACCAGCUUCUACUGGCAUAAGCACACUUGUUAUUUCAUUUGCCUUUGAGUUUCCAGUUUUCUUGAGCCAAGCAUUAGAAUGGAUUCUUUCAGGGCUAUGCACCAGUGUCAUUUAAACAAUGCUCAUCUACCAGGCACAGAAGAAGUCUCAAUACAAAUGUGAGUUCUGUAUCUAAAGCCACUAAUAAGCUUAAAAUAAAAGCAUUGUAUGUGAAAGCUUUCAAAGUUUGCCUGUAGCCAGAUGACCAACCUGUAAAUAACAAACUGCACUGCUUUUGUAUAAAAUACAUUGUGUUUGCAAGAGAAUUUGCUUGAAAGGCAGCUGCAGUCUGCAAACCAUGAACAUUUCCUACUAGGCAGCAAAAGCUUUCAAACUUCUUUUUCAUAUACUGAUUUAAAAUAAUAAUGAGGAAUAAAAAAACCCCAAGCUUAAU